AUCAAUAAACUUGGUUCAUUUUCUUGGCCAGGCUGCUGUAUAGUUAAAUUAGCCGUAGUAGCUUUUACCUUAUUGUAGUACAAGGUAUUUACGCUAGAGUGAGCCACAGACCUAUGCUGGUUCACAAUUUUCAUAUACUGGUCAUGCAUGUUUUUCAGAUUCAUAACAAAGUAGCUGAUGUUGAAGUUAAAAAUGAGAAUGAUAUAUCAACAUCAGAAGUAAUGCAGGCAAAUAACGAUCAAAAUCCAAAUACCUCAACUAUUGCAAAAGUUGAUGGGGAAACUGUGCUUCCUGCAGAUUUAUUCGCUUACGAUCCAGCGAAUUAUUCUUUCUGCAAACAAAAUAGUAUAGUUAAUACUCUAACUGUUGGAGAGUUGGGUACUCUCGAAAUUCACUCAGAAAUAAGGGAGGGUGUAUAUGGUAUUACAUUGUGGCCUGAGAGAGAUUAUGAUGACUUUUUCGAGCAAUUGUAUUCAGUAAUCCCGGAAGCUACUAUAUGGGAGAAUCGUAGACCAAAUAUAGGAGAUUUUGUAUUUGGUCAAACCUUUAAUACAGAUUGGAUUAGGGGAUAUGUUGUAGCUCUGAUACCAUACUUAAAAAUAGCUAUGAUAGACCAAGCUAGAAUAGUGUUUGUUCUUAAGCUUGCUACAUGCAAACCACCGCUUUUAGAUAUGCCUGCAUUAGGUGGAUUAUGUGAAUUAACUGAUGCUACACAUAAACUGAAGGAAGGUGAAGAGCUUGAAUUUAAAGUAAUAGGCAAAACAGAUAAUGAAGAACAAGACGGAUUUGAAAUAUUGAUUCUUAAUGGAGAUUAUGAGUUAAAAGCUACUGUAAAGCCUUGGGUUCCAACGGUGGAACAAGUGGGAAUACUAUGUGGUGAUGUGACUAAUGGACGUGAGGUAUGCGUUACUGGUUAUCGAAAUCAUAUACAUCUAUUUGUUCGUCCCUUAGAUGCUCUAGGUGUGGCACGCUAUAACUCUAUUAUGGAAACUGUUGCAAAAUGCGCUGAAACAUCUCCAUUUUUAAACAAUCCAGUAAUUGGGCAAAUGGUAUUAGCAAUGACCACUGAUGGAAGAUAUUGUCGUGCACGUAUUCUUGAUAUACAUGAAGUUGGAGUGGAAGUUCUGUACAAUGAUCUUGGUCGUACAGAGUAUGUAGAUCCGAAGAAAAUUAAGGUUCACCCUGAUAGUUUGAAAGGGAUUGGGUAUUUUAUGUCAAAACUAAAACUAGGAGGUAUUCCUCCAGAUAUCCCACCACUACAAGACAUAAUUGAUCUUCUGGACAACGUAGUGGAUAAUAAAGUUCCUCUGAUGUGUACAUAUGAUGGUAUACCUUCCAUAGAUGGUGUAUAUCUGAAAUUUCGUGACGGAAAAACCCUUAAUGAUAUGAUAUAUAAAUGUAUCGAGGAGAAUUGUGAUAUGUCUUAUGAGCACCUUUUUGUGUGUUCAGUACCUAAUUUGAUUGAAGUUAUAGCUGAUUUGAUGAUUUAUCAUACUAAUCUAGCUCACAAUCAGCUUAAUAACCUACUUGAUGUGUCUGUUCAGAUGACAAAUCGCUGCAAGCAACUGUCCGAUUUAAAUGAUGCGGGGCAUUCAAGCAACAGAAAUAAUAAAUGA